AUGAGCGCCAUCAUGCGCCGCGCGCACCGCUUCAUGCCGCACCUCUCCCCCGCGCUGCUCGACGCCGCGCUCAGCGGCGGCGGCCCGGUCGGCGGCGCGUCGGUGCGCGUGGGGCUUCGGCCCUACGCGCUCGGCGGCCUGCCCGCGAUCGGGCCGGUGCCGGGGCUGCCGGGCGUGUUGAUGGCGGCGGGGCACGAGGGCUCUGGGCUGUCCCUCGCGCCGGCGACGGCGGAGCUGGUGCUGCGGCAGCUGGGGGAGCACCCGCCGCCGCGCGGGGCGCCGCUGGAGGCGGGCGCGUUCGACGACAUGCUUCCGGAGCGGCGGCUGCACGCGGCGGCGGCUGCGGCGGCCGCGGCGGCGUGCCUGCAGCGCUCGCGCUGA